AUGGUGAAUAAGCCUGUUCAAGAAACUGCCGACGAAUCUCAACGAAGGAAAAUAUUUUCCAUUUCAAAAAAUAGCAGCAAAUUGGACGGGACUGCAAAGUCCAAUCGUCUGUUAGCUGGCGGAGAUAAGGAUGAGCCACCAAAACGCCAAGUCAUUUAUUAUCAAGGCGAGAACAUGCCAAAGGAGUCCUCCAAACACAUGAGUUUUCGUUUAAACGGUCGAAAAAUCUCCAAAGAUACCACCUACCAUGAGGUACCGCACGAUCACAUUGACUACCGCUACGAGUGUAUCCGGUCUCUGGGUAAAGGCAGUUUUGGCAAUGUCAUCCUCGUGAUCGAUCACAAGGAGGACAAGGAGUGUGCCCUCAAGGUCGUUCGACGCGAUGUUCGUUUCACCGCUCAGGCCAAAGAAGAGAUAGCCAUUCUCGAGCUGCUUCAAAAGGCGAAUCCCAAUCCGAAGGGCUCGUGGGAUCGCUAUCCUAUCGUCAGGCUGAUCGAGCACUUCAUGUAUCAUGAGCACAUGUGCCUCAGCUUUGAACUGCUCGGCUGUUCCCUGUACGAUUUGAUCAAGGACAAGAAGGACCAGGGUCUUCCCCGAGAUAGGGUUAGGCGGCUCAUGGCCUCCGUCCUGGAUGGUCUCUCCUACGUCUGGAAGGCGGGAAUUAUACACUGUGAUCUGAAGCCGGAGAAUGUCCUCCUCGUCAGUCGCGACGCUGACGGCGGUCCCGACGACAUUCGUGAUUAUGUCAAGAUAAUUGAUUUCGGCUCCUCGUGUUUCGUUGGUAAGCAGUGCUAUCCUUACAUCCAAUCCCGCUUCUACCGGGCACCUGAGGUUAUAAUGCGCUUGGACUACGGCCAACCAAUCGACAUGUGGAGUUUCGGAUGCCUCAUCUUCGAAAUGAUACGAGGCUAUCCACUAUUUCCUGGUGAAGAUGAGUUUGAUCAACUGGCUUGCAUGAUGGAGAAGUUGGGAAUGCCUCCAUGGUCGAUGGUAGGAUCAUCGCGAGUCUUUUCUCGCUACUUCUAUGAGGUCAGUGGUGCGAUAAAGUACUACAAACCACAGGAUAGACAGACACCGCUAAAAUUCGUCCCACACUACUGCACAAUUCGUCGAGUGUCGGAGGAAGUGGCUGAGCUCCAGCACAACCUCUCAAAGAAGACCCGACGCCUUCGAAAGCCACCAGGUGCAGUGUCAGUAGAGCAUGCCAUUGUCAGUACCUUGUCUCACAACUCUGGCAAGUACAGUGACUACACACCAACAUCGUCAGAAAAGAUGGACAAUACUCAUGUGGUGAAGUUAAUUGAGGCCUGUCUCAACUGGGUACCGGAGAAGCGGAUAAAUCCAGAUCAGGCCAAAACUUUCUCCUGGUUCAGCUACAAACCCACCCAUCAUAACGAACAUAGCCAAUUGGCCCAACUCCCUCGAUCUACCCUGUUUUCGAGCCCCUCUGCAGCCCUGAGUAAACGCUUCAGUGAUUCCAGCCAAGUGUCAUUACCUGCAGAGAUUAUUCCACCUCAUAAGGCAGCCGUAUCGAAUGGGGGAUUGGCUACGGUGGUUCCUAUUCAUGCACCUCCAGUGUCGACAAUUGUUCCCCCCUCACUACAUGUUAACAUGGCGGCUCGAAACGUCGCCAAUCCGAUGCCUUUAGGGAAUCCCCUCAGGGUGAAGAACUGCUUGACCUCUGUUUCAACGCCCGAUUUUGAGACGUCUAAGAAGCACGGAUCUUCAGCAUCUAUCUCCUCCGAUGAGAAUAAACAGGAGGAGAGGGUACUUUAUCCACGAAUCAAUAAACUACAAAGUCCCAAAUCCUUUAUCUUUGAAUAUAACCCUGGACAUGGAUAUAACCCGGGUAAUUUGGAGAAGAAGGUCUCUGACAUCUCAUUGGCAUCCCACGGCUCCAGCAUUGACGAUGUGGCGUCGCGCACGCUUGACAACCUACUGUACACUAAACGAAAUGGCGUACAGAUGAAUGAACGCCGUCUAGAGCCGGUGGCACGUGUACGACGGCGAAAUCAAAGCAUGGAACCGAAAAGGCACACUCAACCGGUUGGAAAUGAGGAGGUGAUAGAAGAACAAAACAUUUUACCAUCACUAGGCUACACGUUUAGCAAGACAGCCACUAGAAGCUCCUCCUCGGAGGAUGAAUCAGAGAGCAGCGGAAGACACAAUCCCCACUCCUUCAAUAAGACAUCUCAAUGGGACAUUUCUGCCGUGGAUCGACGCGCAGGGAAGGCCAUCGACUUUGGUGUCCCAAGAAGAGGAUCAAAAGCGGAUAGACGUCCAACCUUGACAAAAACAAGAUCGCUGUUAGGGCGUGAAGAGACUUUGUUACAGAAUAACUCGGAUGACUCGGAGAUGUCAUUUACCAGGAGGCCUAUUUAUGACAAUUUACGACAACCAAGGUGGGACAACUUGAGAGACUUAUCCAAAGAGUCUAGGAUGAAAAUCUCACCACAACAGUCCACACUCCCCUCAAUAAAUCGUCCCUACGCGGCCAAAGAUGGCGGUGUCAGGUUGGCACAAACUCACACAGAUUAUAGACGUCGUCGAAUUGCCGGCAAAUCCUCCUCCAUCAAUCAAAUCAACGACUCACGGGAUCUGGAUCUCACCAAUUCACACUCCAACGAGACGAUGAAAGUCCCACACCUACCGACUGCUGCACGUUUAGAUGACGCUGUAGAUAGAGACAGCAACAAUUUUAUGGAUUUAAACAAAAUACCGUCCUCCAUCAUGAUGAUUAAACCACAGACAUAG